UCGCUCGCUCCUCGCGUGGCUCCAGGAAGAAAAUGCCCCAGCUCAACAGCGGCGGAGGCGACGACUUGGGAGCCAACGACGAAAUGAUCGCCUUUAAGGACGAAGGCGAGCAAGAGGAGAAGAUCCAAGCCAACGUCUUCACCGAGGGAGAUCUGGCUGACCUCAAGUCAUCCCUAGUGAACGAGUCCGAAAGCACCACUAGCGGCGGCGGCGGCGGCAACCAGACUUCUAACGCGGCGGCAACAGUGGCAGCUCCAGGAGCCCAUUCCGAGGCAAUCCGGCGCCUGCAAGAUCCUCAAAGGGUCUAUCAAGAGAAACUCCCGGAUCACAUGGAGGAUGGGUUAAAACAUCAGGACCCAGGAAUGUACAAAGGAUCUGCUUACUCUGGGUACCCCUUCCUCAUGCUAUCUGACCCUUACCUGCCAAAUGGAUCUAUGUCACCUCUGUCCAACAAAGUUCCUGUAGUACAGCCAUCCCAUGGUGUCCAUCCACUCACUCCUCUCAUCCCGUACAGCAACGAACAUUUCAGCCAUGGCUCCCAUUCACCACACCUGCCAGCUGACAUCAGCCAGAAACAAGGUGUACACCGUCCUUCUCAAACAUCUGAUAUUUCUGGGUUCUAUUCCCUCCCUCCAAGUGGGGUUGGACAGAUAACACCUUCUAUGGGAUGGCAGAGCCAGCCUGUCUGUCCUUUCCAGUCAUGUGGAUUUAGACAGCCCUAUACGUCGGCGCUCUCUGCUGGGGCUACUUUCUCUAGGAUCACACACCCCUUGGUGCUCGGCUCUGGAAUGCAUACAACGGGAAUCCCACACCCGGGGAUGACAUCUCCCUCUGGGAAACAAGAAAUGGAUCAUUACGACCGAAGCAUGAAAUCACAACCAGAACCAAAGAGAGAGAAAGAAGCCAAGAAGCCCACAAUCAAAAAGCCCUUGAAUGCUUUUAUGUUAUAUAUGAAAGAAAUGCGGGCAAAGGUCAUCGCCGAAUGUACCUUGAAAGAAAGUGCUGCCAUCAAUCAGAUUUUAGGAAGGCGGUGGCACGCGCUCUCACGGGAGGAGCAAGCCAAGUAUUAUGAACUGGCCCGCAAGGAAAGGCAGCUUCACAUGCAACUCUAUCCAGGCUGGUCUGCAAGAGAUAACUAUUCUUCUUCAGGCUCUUCGUCCCGUGAUCACACAAAGUUUAACUCAGGGCCCCUGGAAUUCAGCAGCACUUCGGGGCCGGUUUCUGCGGCAAGGGGAAAAAAGAAAAGACGAACAAGAGAAAAGCAGCAAGACUCCAAUUCAGGAGGAAAAAGAAGUGCAUUCGGUACCUACAAGGAGAAGGACGCUGUGCCAGCCCAGUUUCUUCCGAUGGAAGUGCUAUAGAUUCCCCUCCCUCCCCUUUGGAUGUGCUCCAGUGCACAUCACCUGCUUUUACUUCAGACAAGCUUGCUGCCCCUGCCGAUUUCACACAUCAAAA